UAUAAUACUAAAAGCUGAUAAAGGAAAUGCCACAGUUAUCAUGAAGACCACAGAUUAUAAUACUAAAAUAAAGAAAUUACUAGAAGAAGGGCUGUACAAAAUCAUAAAAAGAAAUCCGCUAAACUGAAUAAUCAAACUAGUCAAUGAUGAAACAAAGAAAGCAAUACUAGACGAAAAAGAACGAAAACAACUACUAGUGACGGUUCCAAGACUACCAAGAAUUUACGGAGUUCCAAAAAUACACAAGAAUGAAGUGCCGCUCAGAUCAAUAGUCAGUGCCAUAAACUCGCCAACAUAUAACUUGGAAGGUCACUUAGCACAAAUUUUGAAAACCUACACUGGAAAAAUAUCUUCCUAUGUAAAAAAACUCGACUCAUUUUGUGGAAAAAUUGCAACAAACCAACUGGGAAAACGGAGACAUUCUGGUCAGCUUCGACGUAGUCUCGUUAUUCACAAUGGUACCAGUAAAAGACACACUGAAUAUCAUAAAUAAACAACAAUGGUUAGACAAAAACUACAUAGUUUACUGGAAUUGUGCACCAAAACAACAGUUUUCACAUACCAAGACAACAUCUACGAACAAACUAAUGGAAUGGCAAUGGGAUCAAGACUAGCACCAGUAUUCGCCAACAUAUUCAUGGAAUGGUUUGAAGUGGACGCAAUGAACACAUAUAUGCAAAAACCAAAAAUGUGGCUACGGUAUGUAGACGACACUGUCGUCGUAUGGCAACAUGGCGUUGACAAACUACAAUCUUUCCUUCAACAUUUAAACAGUAUACACGCCAAUAUACAGUUCAUUAUGGAAACAGAAGAAAACGGGAAAUUGCCAUUUUUGGAUGUAAUGGUCAAUAAACAACCUAAUGGAAAAUUCGGCACAGGAGUAUACAGAAAAAGCACACAUACUGAUAGAUAUUUACACGCCGAUUCACACUACUGCCCCUCACAAAAAAUGGAACUAUUACACACAAUGGCAACAAGAGCCGUCAGAAUAGAUGAAGAAAACCACGUGAACGAAGAAAAAACAUACCUACGACAAGCACUCAAGAACAAUGGAUACACAAUCAAAAAUAUCAACAAGGCAAUCAGAAAAGCAGAGAAAAGAAAAAACACAACACGUAAUGACGAUGAAGAAAACAAAGAAGAUGAAAAGAAAGGAACUUUAAUACUACCGUACAUACAGGGAAUCACUGACCGCAUUUCAAGAAUCACACAAAAACUUAAACUAAGAACUGUUUUUAAACCGAACACAGUCGCAGGAUCACUGCUCCGGAACCCGAAAAAUAAGCUACCAGAGACGCAAACCCCCGUAGUAUAUGAAAUACCGUGCUCUUGUGGUAAAUCCUACAUUAGACAAACAGGAAGAGCUAUUGCAACAAGAAUAAAAGAAUACGAAAAAGACGUGGAUUACCAAAGGACAGAAAAAUUGUCAGUAGCCGAACACGCUAAAAACAAAGGACAUGACAUCCAAUUUGAUAAAGUAAAAAUACUAAACAAAGAAAAUCAUUUUGGCAAACGAAUGUACAAAGAGGCAAUAGAAAUCGAAAAAUGUCCAGAGAAUUUCAACAGAGAAGACGAAUGGAAAAUAAGCAAGACUUGUUUAUCCAUCAUACAACAGACAAAAAGAAAAUCAACUAACAACACUGAAAACAGUUCAAUACAAGAAAAAGUUACUAUCAACGUAAUGGAAAACUAUCGGUGCAGAAAAGGAAGACCAAAAUGCCAAAAAUGUCAAAAACAACAACAAUAAUCAAAAACAAAGUCGUCAACAAAAACAUCAGCAAAAACAAGAUACCGUAAACAACAUGAGUCAUAAACAGAUAUGAUAAACAACCGAUACAGUAAACAACUGAUAUGAUAAACAACCAACGUAUAAAAACAGACUGAUAACAAGUUAAGCCGCCAGUAUAGUUUCAACCACCGAGCAGUAACUAUCGCUCCAAAGAUGGACUCUGCAAUGAGUCCUAAAAAUUGCAUUUAAAUAUGUUUACUACUCAAAUAUGUUCAGACUUGUAACGCUUCGACUUUUUCUUGUUUUUAGUUCUUAAAGUUAGACAACUUACGCGUUUGUAAACAUUUUACUGUCGUUAUGUUUAUACAUCAUGCAUAAUUUUUUUUGUUUAACUAUUUAUUUUAAUUUAAGGUACAUAUGUCUUUGUUUGUGUUCUUAUUAAUUUUGUUUAAUUUAAAUUAUAUAACUAUUUUAUAAUUAUGGUUUUUUUUUGUUAAUACAUUAUAUUAUUUUUAUAAUUUAUAUAAUGUGUUUAUACUAUAUUAGUAUUAGCUGCCACCAUGACAUAGAAUACUUAUUUAAAACAUUAAAAUUAUAUUAAAAUUAAAAACAUAGAAAGAAGAAUACAGAAUUCAUCAAUUCAACGAGCAUACGUCGUAAUAUCAUUGAAUGGCCUAGAACUCCUUUUUUUGUUCAAAAUCUACUUUUUAAGUAUAAUAUGAUUAAAACUUAAUAUGCUUAAUACUUAAUAUACUUAAG